AUGUCGUCUGUGACUGCGGCGAUCUCAGAGGCUGCUUCUGCCUGCAGGGCAAAGAUGGAGGCGGCAGGGGUGAACGAGGCGUGCAUUCGCACAUUUUUGAAGCAGCACGCCUUCAUCAGCAAAGGAGAAACAGGCAACAUUCCCGAGAGCAGCAUAUCUCCCGUAGAGUCUCUCGACUCACUUGAAGACCUCACCGUGCCGGCGGACCCUUCUCUACUGGAGCACCUGGUGGUACUGAAACUCAAUGGCGGUCUUGGCACGGGCAUGGGACUACAGACGGCAAAAACUCUUCUUCCCGUCAAGGAUGGCAAAACGUUCAUUGAUUUUACUGUGCUGCAACUGGAACAUCUUCGCAAGACGUACAGUGACCAUCUACGUUUUAUGCUGAUGGACUCCUUUGCCACCUCUUCUGAGACGAAAGCCCAUAUAAAAAAAUACUCAUGGUUAUUUGACACCUUUGACAAGGAGGUGGAGUUGAUUCAGAACCGUGUACCAAAAAUUUGCCAGGACACUCUUCUUCCCGUUACGUAUGAGGCAGAUGCCUCGUGCGAGUGGGCGCCUCCGGGACAUGGGGACCUUUACACGGCACUCUAUGGUAGCGGUAAGCUGGAUGAUCUGCUUCGCAGUGGGUAUAAAUAUAUGUUUGUAUCAAACGGUGACAACUUGGGGGCAACGCUGGAUGCCCGUCUUCUCGCAUAUAUGAAAUUAAACCAGUUGGAGUUCCUUAUGGAGGUUUGCAGGCGGACUGAAUCUGAUAAAAAGGGUGGUCAUAUUGCCUAUCAAACUGCUUGUUUUGACGAUGACACAGCGCCCGAGCGUCGGUUUAUACUUCGUGAGUCGGCGCAGUGCCCAAAGGAAGAUGAGGCGAGUUUUCAGGACGUUGAGAGGCAUCGUUUUUUUAACACGAACAAUUUGUGGGUGGAUCUUGCGGCCCUCAAGAAGACGAUGGACAGCCACAGCGGGGCACUGCCACUGCCUGUGAUUCGAAACGCAAAAACAGUGAACCCGGUAGAUGGCACCUCAACAAAGGUGUAUCAACUGGAGACGGCAAUGGGCGCGGCCAUUGGGCUCUUUAGGCGCUCUGCAGCAGUGGUAGUUCCACGAGAGCGUUUUGCCCCUGUAAAGACGUGCUCGGAUUUACUUGCGCUACGAUCCGAUGCGUAUGUCGUGACGGAAGAUCAGCGUCUUGUUCUCUGUGAGGAGCGGGCCGGAAAGCCACCGACGAUUGAACUUGAUAACCAACACUAUAAGAUUAUCACUGGUCUGGAUGCGCUGGUGAAGGAUGGUGUGCCAUCGCUACGACAAUGCACUAAACUCAUCAUUCAGGGUCCAGUGGAGUUCCAGAGUGGCACAGUGGUGAAGGGUGAGGUGGUGAUACGCAACAGUAAGAAGGAGCCUUUCAUUAUUGAACGCGACCGAGUGCUGAAUAAUGAAGUGAUGGAGGUUUAG